GCUGGAAAGAAGGAUGGCGGAUGAUGGAAAUAGAGAGUCAGCGCCGAUUGGAGGAGAUGAAUUUACCAACACAGAGUUAGAGAAUAACAAGAAUAACACGAUGGUGGAGGAAGGAUCCACUCUGCUGCGGAGAAUGGAGAUCAGUGUGGCCGAGGCAGAGAAAAGAACUGGGAAAAAUGCAGUGAACAUGCAAGAGAUAUUCACAGUGUACCUCAUAGAAACUCGACCCAUAGAUGCAAUAACAGAAGGCCAUAACCCAGCCCCAGACUCUCUCUGGAGGAGAUACAGUGAAUUUGAGAUUCUCCGGAACUAUUUGUUAGUCACCUAUCCAUUUAUCGUGGUUCCGCCUUUGCCAGAGAAGAGGGCAGAGUUUGUUUGGCACAAGCUGUCUGCAGACAACAUGGAUCCAGACUUUGUAGAGAGGCGCAGGGUUGGUCUGGAGAACUUUCUACUUCGCGUGGCUUCCCAUUCGGUUCUGUCCAAUGACAAAAUCCUAUACCACUUCCUGACUGAGGAACACAGGUGGAAGGAGGUGGUGUAUGAGACAGGGUUCCAAGCCAAGGCAGACUCCAGGAUUAAAGCUCUGAGCGCAACUUUCAGAGUGAAGAACCCUGACAAGCGGUUCACAGAGAUGAAACACUACAGCGAUGAGCUCCAGUCUCUCACAUCCCAGCUGCUCAGAGUCAGAGCAAGAGUAGCAGACAGGCUCUACGGCGUAUACAAAGUCCAUGGGAACUACGGAAGAGUAUUCAGUGAGUGGAGUGCCUUAGAGAAGGAGAUGGGAGACGGUCUACAGAGUGCUGGACACCAUAUGGAUGCCUAUGCUGCCUCAGUAGAUGAUAUGUUGGAGGAAGAGGAGCACUAUGCAGACCAACUGAAGGAAUACCUUUUCUAUGCUGAAGCCUUAAGGGCUGUGUGUAGGAAACACGAGCUGACCCAGUAUGAGCUGGAGACCGCCUCCUCAGACCUCAUCUCCAAGAAGCAGCAACGGGAGGAGCUGGCCACUGGGAUGGUACGGACGUUCUCCUUCAAAGGAAUGACCAACAAGCUGUUUGGUCAGGAGACACCAGAGCAGAGGGAGGCUAAACUCAGCCUACUAGAGGAGCAGAUCGUCCAGGGAGAGGAGACGGUCACAGAGAAAACAGUGGAGUGCGACGAGUAUGUGAAGGGUGCGUGGGUGGACAUGCAGCGCUUCAAGGAGCAGAAGGACAGGGAUCUGAGGGAGGCUCUGAUUGGCUACGCCGUCAUGCAGAUCAGCAUGUGUAAGAAGGGCAUUCAAGUGUGGACCAAUGCUAAGGAAUGUUUCCACAAGAUGUAAGGGGGUCGGGCCGUGGGUCAGCGACGACGUCUAUGGUACGAGUGUACAACAACUUCACCUUUUGACCUUCACAUGGAAACAUAACCACUGUUGUCCCGGCAACAAGCCCCAGCUGACAUAAAAUUACAGGGCUGCGUCUCAGUACUCAGUCCAAUACUGGCUGUGUCUCAGUACUCAGUCCAAUACUGGCUGAGUCUCAGUACUCAGUCCAAUACUGGCUGUGUCUCAGUACUCAGUCCAAUACUGGCUGUGUCUCAGUACUCAGUCCAAUACUGGCUGCAUCUCAGUACUCAGUCCAAUACUGGCUGUGUCUCAGUACUC